AUGGGUCGCCGUCCAGCUCGUUGUUAUCGCUAUUGCAAGAACAAGCCCUACCCCAAGAGUAGGUUCUGCAGGGGUGUGCCUGAUCCUAAGAUCAGGAUCUACGAUGUUGGCUACAAGAACGCCUCCGUAGAUGAGUUCCCCGCUGCCGUUCACAUGGUUUCUGAUGAGUACGAACAGGUCUCGUCUGAGGCUUUGGAAGCUGCCCGUGUCGCCGCCAACCGUUACAUGUUGCGUUGGGCUGGUAAGGAAGGCUUCCACAUGAGGAUCCGUGUACAUCCUUAUCACGUCCUCCGUAUCAACAAAAUGCUUUCCUGUGCUGGUGCUGAUAGNNNNGUGCAUAUCUCUCCGAGCUGUUCGCAUGAACCAGAUUCCCAAAGCCUCUGCAUAUAG